GACGGGGUAUAAGGCACUCUGGCUUGUUGCUUCUAACGGACUCUCCUUUAAUCUGAGCCUCUGCAGUCAGUUGUCUUGUGAAAAGGACCAGAAAAAACAAGCAAUGAAUUGUGAAUAAACAUUAUUCAGCUGUUAUUUUUUGCAGAAUAACCUAGAACUUAACCAUAAAGCUAAUCUCGACAUACAAAGUGGGAGUCUUCAGUAUAUGAAUUUGUGUACUUAUGGGUCACAUCAGGUUCCUUUUUGCAUUCCUUUUAAUCCUGGCCUCUGCCAAGGCCAUUUCUGGGUGUUACUGUGAUCAUUAUGCAUGGAGCCCAUGGACUCAUUGCACCAAGACUUGUGAGCAGGGGACUCAGGAACGUAGCAGAAAUGUCCGGUAUGAUGAACACUGGAGCAAGAACAAUUGUGCUCAGCUGUGCCAGACACAUGAGCGCCGGACAUGUAAUGUUGAACCAUGUCCCAUAAAUUGCCAACUGACAGAGUUUGGACCAUGGUCAGGGUGUUCACCCUGUGCCAAAAAAAUGUUCAGAACCAAGUCUGUCCUUAGGCCAGCUCAGUUUGGGGGACAGGACUGCAGUGAACCUCUGGUGGAAGAACGACCUUGUCAUCCUUCUAAAGAAUGCGUAAUUGAAAAACACAUCUGCAAGGACAAAUUCACCUGUGAUAAUGGCAGAUGUAUAAAAGCUAUUCUUGAGUGUAAUGGGCAAAAUGACUGCCUGGACAACUCUGAUGAGAAGAACUGUGGCAAAAUCAAACAAGUGUGUGCUGUAAAAAGAGAGUUUAACCCCUUACCUGGAGUGGAUCUGAUUGGUAAUGGGUUUGAUGCUGUUGCAGAGAAGAUGAGAGCCGCCGUCUUAGACAAUUCCAUCAUGGGAGAUGAAUGUCGUUUAAACCGCAGCAAAGAGAACAGGAAAAUCUACCGCAUCCCAGCCAACAUCGAGAGCUAUGAAAUGAAUGUGGAAACUAUUGAGGAUAUUAAGGUGAACCUGGCAGUGCACUCUGAGAUAAUCACCUUGAAACAGCAACUCUCAAAUUCUGGAAUAAUUUAUCCGCCUGGCUAUUCCUUGAAUAUUCCCAUUAUUCUGAGCAUUUUCCGAAACUCUGCUCAGUCCAAUUCCUUCAAGAAAGAAUUGAGUGCAUUUCAAAAACAGGACUCUGAGUAUUUCAGGCUACACCAGGAAAUAGUCACAUCCACUUUCCGAACAAAAUCAUCUGACCUGUACCUCUCACACUCCUUCCUUACCUUCCUCACCAACCUACCUCUGGACUACAACUAUGCCCUCUACAGGCAGAUCUUUCAGCAGUUUGGGACUCACUACUUCAGCUCUGGUUCUCUGGGAGGGCGGUACGAUCUGCUUUUCCAAUAUAGUCGUGAAGAACUCAAGACUCAGGGUUUAACACAGGAGCAGAAGAAAAGUUGCAUCCGAAAUGAAUUUUCUCUCUUCCUGUUCAUUUAUUAUACAAGUUCACAUAGCAAUAGAUGUGGUACAAACACACAGACCACCAAAUAUACAGGUUCAUUUUUACAGACAUCAGAGAAAUCUAUAUCAUCUGUGAAGGGAGGAAGAGCAGAAUAUGCUGCAGCUCUGGCCUGGGAAAGGAAAGGUGCUCCACCAGACAGCACGACUUACAAAGACUGGAUCAGUUCCACUAUAGACAACCCCAAUGUCAUAGACUACGAGCUGAAGCCCCUGGUUGAUCUUGUACGUGGUAUUCCCUGUGCCGUGACUAAGAGACGACACAUGCUGAAGGCUCUGGAUGAGUAUCUGGCAUCCUUUGACUCAUGUAAAUGUGCCCCAUGUCCCAACAAUGGCCGUCCCACCUUGGUAGGGACGGAGUGUGUGUGUAUCUGCCAGACUGGAACCUACGGGGCCAAUUGUGAGAAACGGGCCAGGGACUACACUUCAGAGGCAGUUGAUGGCUACUGGAGCUGCUGGAGCUCAUGGAGUGCCUGUGAUUCAACCUUAAAGAAGCACCGGACACGCUCCUGUAACAACCCUGCUCCUCAGAAAGGAGGGAAACCCUGCCAAGGCCCCGAGUUUCAGGAAGAGGACUGCCCCAUCUCUAUCUUUCAAGAGAAGGAUGUGUGCAUCAAUGAUGAUGAAUUUGAGUCUGAGGGAGAGAGUGAGAGCAUUCUCCCUUCUGGAGCUUCUGGAUGUGCCAAACCCAAACCACCUGCUCACAGCUACCUGAGGAUCAAUAAGCGAGUGUAUGAUUUUGGAGAUCAUGAGGAGUUUGUGUGCUUCUCUGGAUUCGAGCUGGAAGGUUACCAGCUCAUUCACUGUAAGAAGGAUGGAACGUGGGAGGAUGCAAAGGGCAGCUGCAUCAAGAGGUUGUGUUCCAGACCUAUUGUUCCACAUGACAUGAACAUAAGCCCAAGUAGAGAGGAAUACAGUAUUGGCUCCAGUGUCUUUCUGAUCUGCUCGGACAGUGCCACGAGUCCCUCAGGACCAAGUUACUUCACCUGCACUAAUGCACUCACCUGGGAGCCGUCCAUCCCUGAUGACAUACACUGUAAAAAUGAUGAGGUCUUUAUACCCGACAGCAGCUGUGAGAAGGGAAAGUGGCGUGUGGGUUCCACAUGUGUUUGCAUUCCUCGAGAAGACUGCAGGAAGUAUAAGAGCGACAUUUGUGCUUUGGACGUGACAAAAGACCACGCCGUGAUGAUGUCCUUCUGCUCCUUUCAUGCCGACCGUUGCCAUGGAGACAAGCUGCACUUCAUUAAUGAUGGUCCAUGUAAAGGUGAUGUGAACUGGGCCAGAUUCAGGGCUAGAAUUUCUGAGAAGAGCUCGGUGCAGAAGCCAUGUGGAUCAGACACCUGUUACGAGUGGGAGACCUGCUCAGCAUCAGGUAUGUGCAUGUGCAUACCUCCCAGAGAUUGUCCAAAGACAGAUGAACAAACUUAUUGUGUGAAUGUCGUGAGACUUCAGCGCCAGCGGACCUUCAAUCUGUGUAACAUGGCUGCUAUGAAGUGCAGCGGCUUUGACUUGGAAAUUCUUCAUGAAGGUGUAUGUUCAAGCCCUUAAAUCGAUUUAUACUAAUUAUUUACACACAGAACCUUUUAUUCAUGACAUAGCCAUCCUCUAUGUAUACCUAAUCACUCAUUUUCUUCUGAUAGCACUGAGAUAACAGUUUAUAAACACUUUCACUUUGAAUUUGUCCGUAUGAAAUAUUUAUGUGGAACAAUAUUGUGAAUAAAGUUUUUUAAGUGUAAACCUU